GCCAUGAAACAGGCAGCAGCUAGCUUACGAGUAGCCCGCACACGUACUGAGUUCUAGUACUAGUGAACACUAAGCAACCACACUGUCAUCUUAGCGAUCGAGGUGAGGCGACGAUGUCGAUGAGGAGUCUGCUGGUGCUCGCUCUGGUGGUCGCGGCCGCGGCGUGCCUCGCGGCGCCGCGCGGCGCGCACGGGGCCGGCGAGUGCGGGAAGACGCCGGCGGACAAGAUGGCGCUGAAGCUGGCGCCGUGCGCGUCGGCGGGGCAGGACCCCAAGUCGGCGCCGUCCAGCGGGUGCUGCACGGCUGUACACACCAUCGGCAAGCAGAGCCCCAAGUGCCUCUGCGCCGUCAUGCUCUCCGACACCGCCAAGAGCGCCGGCAUCAAGCCGGAGGUCGCCAUGUCCAUCCCCAAGCGCUGCAACCUCGUCGACCGCCCUGUCGGCUACAAGUGCGGAGCUUACACUCUGCCGUGAGCCUCGAGGCCACUUGAUGCGCUGCGGGGGCGAUGAAUGGAUGCUGCUGAGUGUUGUUUAUCAAUCAGAAAUAAUGUUAGUUCCAUGAUGUGGAACGCCCUGUUUCAGAGGUGUACUGCCCUCUGUGUUAUGUUCAUGAGUAUGAGUACCUUUGUUUCUCGAGGGUGUUGCAGCUAUCCGAGCUAUACCCCAGAAUAAUAAAAGAGUUAUCUUCGUCAGCAAA